AUGCAACCCGAACAAACUACCGACAGAGUGACUACACCGACUGCGCCUACCGUGUCUGUUUCGAAACAAUUAUUAUUGGCUACAGAUCCGAAAAUACGACAAAUAAGAAAAAUUCUUGUUGUCAUAUAUGGCAUCGGUCUUGUUGUUUGUAUGUUUGGUUUGAUUGAUGCGAUAUUUUCAAGAACUAUCGAGUAUUGUUUAAUACCAAAUGGAUAUUAUCAAGAAAUUGGUGAAUAUAUUAUUGCAAUUCUUUCCUGUGCCAUCGGAUUAUUUGUCACAUUUCGAUAUUCUGUAACAGGUUUACUAGUGGUUGCUUGGAUAUCUAUUAUUGAAUUAGUUGGUAUUGGUAUUGCUAUUUUAUUUCUCAUUUGUACUGAUUUCACCGAUAGACAUGUACAAAAUUCUAUUACUAAAUAUUCAGUUGCUAAUCAAAAAAACCACGGUCGUGCAAUUAUUAAGCACAUGGGCUCUUUCAUGUGUACUAUUGUAUACAUAAUUGCUUUUGUUUUCGGGGUAAUUAUUGUAAAAUUACCAUUCAAACUAGCCAAACUUAUCGGUGCCAAGAAAACUACAGCCAUUCAACAAAUUCAGCGUACUGUUUAG